AUGAAUUCUAUCUACGAACUGGAUCCUAAAUGGCGUAAAUUACUCACAUCGAGUAACUUCCUGGGCGGACUGACCGUUAAUGAGUUUGUUGAAGAGCUCAGCAAAGAUCAUGCUGUUAGGGGAUCGUCACGGAAUGGCAACAGCACAGCAUUUGAAAGAUUGGCUCCUAAACCCUACAUUAGGACCUUCGAGUUUAUUCUGAAAGAGUUGAGCUCUUUAAGUGAGGAAGCUUCCGAGAAGAAGAUACGGCUCGCUGAACAGGUGUCCUCGCAGGAACUACAGCAUGCUGAAGACAUCAUUAAACUUCAGUCGAAGCUCAAGAACAUGAUUCAAAAGUACGAGAAUGUUGAUCAUCAGUUGACCAAUGUCACUCAGGCCGUAUCGCCUCUGGGUGAGAAGAUGGAGAUAGCCAUAAGACGCAAGAAAGUCUACAUCAAAUCUGUGGAGUUGAUCGUUCAAUAUAAUGCAUUCUGUGCUUUAGGAAAAAGCUCCUACUUAGAGAGCUUGCGUUUAUCACCUAACUGGCGGAAGAAGGCACAAGCUGCAGUCAUUAUAAAGAAUCUUUUGGCUCUCGCCCAGAAAGUGGAGACGAGUUCUAUACCCAAAACGGUUGAAGUGGCCUCAGCAAUUACAAAGUACUCAGAAAUGAUGGAAACGAGUUUGCUGGAAAGUUUCAACAAAGCUUAUCGCGAGAACAAUUUCAGUCAGCUGAAUGAAAUUGCGUUAAUUCUAAACCAGUUCAAUGGUGGUGUCAAUGUGAUUCAAAGUUUCAUCAACCAGCACGCGUAUUUCAUCGAUACUAAAGUAAUCGAUAACUAUGAGACCAGCCAAAUAUUGUUGAGCGAUGAAUUCAAAGCGAAGCUAACGAACCCAGACGAGCACGGCGUCAUCUAUGAAAAAAGUAUGAUGGAUCUAAUUGAUGAUAUUGUAUCUGUUGUGAAAAGUGAAUCGAAGGUAGUUCAGAGAGUCUUUGAACAAAGAGCUCCAAACGUCAUGCAACUAUUCAUGCAGCGCAUUUUUGCCCAGAGAAUUGAACCGAAAGUUGAUCUUUUGCUCAAAUAUACUUUCCCGUAUUCAAAUUUGGCCUACGUGCGAAUGCUGCAUGCUCUUUUCACUCUUGUGAGAAGGUUUACGGAGGAAUUAUCUAAGUAUUUCCAACUUUUGGAGAUCGACAAGAACAAUGUUAUAUCAGCAACCAUUGAACAAAAUUGUUCUGAUUUGUUUGCCAAGUAUGUGUAUAACAGUUCGAGGUAUUUUGACAUUGAGAAGAAGAGCUUAGAGUCCAUCCUCUUUGAGAAGACUUCGGAGCUGAAUUUAAGACAUGAUAAGGAAAUUCGUUCGAGAGCGUUGGUUCACAAGUUAAACAAUAGCUUGGAGAACAAUUUGGAACUACAGGAACUGACUGGUACCACAAGAAGCAAAUUAAGCCAACUGAAUAACUUCUUCAAGAGUCACAUAGAUGCCGAUAAGCUGGGGAUAAAUCGUAAUAAUUCAGUGAAUCGCUCAAAUUCUCUUAACAGCAAUAACACAGUCCGAGCGGCUGUCUCGGAUUCAAAUCGAGAUUUAACGGACAAUGACCUCGAUCUAUUCCGUCUGGUGGAUGCUGACUCUAUGCUGAAGUGUGUGGUUGAAUCGAUUGCAAGGGUGAUGGAAUUGGUACCAAACAAAGCUAGUAGUUAUAGCUACGAACUCCUGAAGGUGAUGCUUACAGGUAUUGUCAGCUCAUAUAUCGAGACAGCCUUAGAGAUAGCAUAUUCGAAUGUAUGCAGAAUGGACGUCGCUGGUGCAUCUGAGAAAGAGCUGUUUUUCCUGAAGUACAUUUCAAUAAGCUCGGAGAUUCUGAGUCUCCUGUCAGCCUCCGUGAAAGCGAUCUUUCUGCCAAUUUUGACCAACUCGCCUUCCACUAAAAAUAAAAUCACCGAAAUAACAAAUAACCAGAUCAAAAGGUGUGAACUACUCAUUAACACGAUCUUGGAGGAUUUGAUUCAAGUAUACCUAACGAAAUUCAAAAACUGUCUCGCAAAGCAAAAGAAGAAGGACUUUUACCCUAAAACUCAGGAAUUGUUAGACCACGACACUCUCCCGGCAGUUGAGAUAGUCUCAAUCUUAAAUACUCUCUACUCUCAGGCUGUGCUGUAUUUGAAAUCCAAAAACCUGGAGUCAUUUCUCACCAAAAUCGGGGAAGGCCUUUACGAACUUCUCUUGAGUCAUUAUGGUAAAUUUCAGGUGAGCUCCACCGGAGGUAUCAUUGUCACCAAAGAUAUCAUUGGAUAUCAAACAGCAAUUGAAGAAUGGGGCAUACCCAAUUUGUAUGAGAAAUUCGCAAUUCUCAGGGAAAUGGCAAACUUGUUCACCGUUCAGCCUGAUCUACUGGACUCGCUAACCAAGGAAGGCCAUCUGGCAGAAAUGAAUAAAGAUAUAAUUUCUGCAUACAUCUCCAACAGGGAGGACUUUACUCAUGAGAGGUUUAUCGCAGGGGUUAAGCUGAAUCUCAAACAAUAG